AUGGCCUCCAACCAGAACCAGGCGAGCUACACCGCCGGCGAGACCAAGGGCCGCACCGAGGAGAAGACCGGACAGAUGAUGGGCGCGACCAGGGACAAGGCGGGGCACGCCACGGAGGCCACCAAGCAGAAGACCGGCGAGACCACGGAGGCGGCCAAGCAGAAGACCGCCGAGACAACCGAGGCGGCCAAGCAGAAGGCCGGCCAGACCACGGAGGCCGCCAAGCAGAAGGCCGCCGAGGCCAAGGACAAGACGGCGCAGACCGCGCAGGCGGCAAAGGAGAAGACGGCGCAGACGGCGCAGGCCGCCAAGGACAAGACCGUCGAGAGCAAGGACCAGACCGGCAGCUUCCUCGGCGAGAAGACGGAGGCGGCCAAGCAGAAGGCCGCGGAGGCCACCGAGGCCGCCAAGCAGAAGGCGUCCGAGACGGCGCAGUACACGCAGGAGUCCGCCGUCGCCGCCAAGGACAAGACCGGCGGCGUGCUGCAGCAGGCCGGGGAGACCGUCAAGAACGUCGUGGUCGGCGCCAAGGACGCCGUGGCCAACACGCUGGGGAUGGGCGGAGAGAACACCACCAACACCGACGCCGGCAAGAACCAUACCGCCGGCACCACCGGGAACGUCACCAGGGAUCACUAGAUGUGGUCGUUCGCUUAGUUUACUUUCCUUUUAGUGGGGCUUUACCUAUGUGUUGAUCUUUCCACUUCCACAUUUCCGCACGCCCCACUCAUUUAGUUUGUAAGUUCGUCUUUGAUGUCAUCGUGUCCGGGUUUGUAAUGAGUCCAUGUACUUGGGUGUAAAUGGAUGACG